AUGCUUGCUUUAUGUUGCAGCCAAUAUGUGGCUGAUUUCUCCAGAGUAAGAGAACAACUAGAAGAGGUCACCAGUGAGAAGAACUCGCUCACAAGGGAAUUCCUCACGUUGCUUAGCCUGAAGCAGAUCUUGGAAUCUGAACUCAAAAAUGUACAGACUGAGCUCUCUGUCCAGGGCUCCAUACUGUCUGGCUAUCAGGCCAGUCUAAAUGAGGCCCAGGACAUAGUGAGGAAUCUGGAGGCAAAGGUGUCCCACCAGUCAGAACAACUGUACAAGGGUGAGAUGACACGCAGGACGCUGCAUAAUACAAUUCAGGAGCUCAAGGGUAACAUUCGAGUUUUCUGUAGAGUACGUCCCCUGCUGACUCCUGAUCAGUCAACCAUGGCACACAUUGAGCUCCCUGCUCAUGAUGAGAAGAGCCUUAAACUGGCUAAAACUGAGGAGUCUCGCACAGGUCAGAAGGGUGACACCCAGAAGAGCUAUAACUUCAGUUUUGACAAGGUGUUUGGGCCACAUGCCACUCGGAAGGAGGUCUUCGAGGAGAUCUCCUUGCUCAUCCAGUCUGCUCUGGAUGGCUACAAUGUCUGCUGCUUUGCCUACGGCCAAACGGGAAGCGGGGAGACGUACACAAUGGAGGGUGGAGAGUUGGAGGAGACACGGGGAGUUAUCCCUAGAGCAGUCCAGCAGAUUUUCAGAACAGCCAGUGUUCUCAAAGAACGGGGCUGGCAGUACACAUUUGUUGCAAGCUUUGUGGAGAUCUACAAUGAGAUGCUCAGGGAUCUUCUGUACAUGGGCAAGCCUAACAAGAGGCCAGAGCAUGAGAUCAAGAAGAUCUCUGCAACCGAAAUCACGGUCACCAAUCUGACCUACCAGAAAGUGACAACUGAGGAUGAGGUGCGCACCCUGAUCGAGCUGGCCAACAUGAAGGAUUACUCCUCCCGCUCUCACUCUGUGUUUCAGUUGGACAUUGAGGGCGAAAAUGCUGACGGAGGUCUAAAGAGCAAAUGUUCCUGUUCAUCAACAUUUCCCCUGAGGAAGACGGCUUUGGGGAGUCUUUAAACUCCCUUCGGUUUGCCAGCAAGGUGAAUGAAUGUGUCAUCGGUACAGCAUCUGCCAACAGUAAAUGAGCGUUACAUUUCAGUAUACUUUUCUCCUCUGGAAAUGCCAGUGCUCCUUAAAA